AUGUCAAAAUGGCAAAUCAUCAUCAACCCAGCUGCUGGCUCGGGUCAAGCUGUACAAUUUGUUGACGAACACGUCACACCUUCACUCGACGUUCUAGGGGAGAAAUAUGAAAUUCACCAUACUCAACAAGCGGGAGAUGGAUCCAGAAUAGCUUUAGACAUACAUAGAAGCAAUCACACUUUCAAAGAAUCAAUAACCACAGGAGCAAGCUCGGUUGGAGGAAGAGAAGAGAGUUAUGAUGAAGUGGAAGAGAGUGGGAGUUUCGAAAGGGGAAAUAAGACGGUCAGAAUUGUGAUCGUUGGUGGAGAUGGGACGACCCAUGAGGUUAUCGAAGGAUUAUGUUCUACUUUGACUAUGGAGGAAAUUGGAAGAUGGGAGAUUGUUGUCAUACCUUGUGGAACGGCAAACGCAUUAUUCCAUACUCUCUUCCCACCUACACAACCUUUCUCUCCACCACCUUUACUCGUUCCUUACCUCCAUGACAAACCAUUGGAAAUAACACACAAACUUUCUUCCCUACUCUCGGCUCUUUCUGGAAAUUCUAAACCUCGUAGAUUACCUCUAACACGAACAACACUUCUCCCACCUUCCCCGAUCGAUUUCCAACGAAAUUACCCAGAUUUCAUGAAUCCCUCAGGAUCAACUCCCCAAACAUCUUCCUUCCCAAUCACCCAUGAUACUUCCCUUACUAAUAGAAAACUGGGAGAUUCUUCCUCUACUCAAAGAAUACUCGGACAUUCCGAAUCAGGGGAAGACUUAGAAAACAAAGUGAAAACCCUUUACUCCCAUAUAGUCCUCUCCACAUCUCUCCACGCUUCCAUACUCGACACUUCUGAAUCUCUCCGCGUUAUCCAUCCAGGUAUCGAACGCUUCGGAAUCGCUGCUCAACAAAAUGCGGGGUUGUUUUUCGAUGCUGAUUUGAUCAUGUUUCCUCCUACCGGUGGGGAGGUCAAGCAAUAUGAGCCGAGGUUGGACAAAUUCGUCAUACCCUUUACUACGGAUGUCGAAUCUCCCUUACUUCUCACGCAACAAGCGGAAAGCUACAAGAAACGACGCAAUAACAUGUCAAAUUUGACAAUCGACAACGAGAAGGGAAACCAUAGUGAGGGGGAAGGAAACAAAGAGGGAGUGGUAUUAAAAGGUCCAUUCUCAUAUUUGUUAAGUUCUACAUUAGCAGAUAGGAUGGAAGAGAAAUUUAUGAUUUGUCCAACAUUACGAACUCAUCCACCUUCUUUUUUGACACUAUUUGCGUCUGGUCUGAACCAUCGAAAACCUCUCAUAUCCCAAGAGAAGAAUACCGAGUCGUCUAUGGAUCAUGAUAGAGGGAAAGAAGAUGAAGAAGAGGAGGAAGUACCAACGAUGGAUGUAGUGAUUUUACGUCCUUUUCGCGAUCCGGCCGUUCGAGCGAUACUUGAAACUUCCACCUUGUUUUCAAAUCAAGAUGAACAAAUUGGUCAGGACCCCGCUGAUAGACCGAGUCAAAAUUCAAAUCCACUCUCAAGUCAGAGUUCUGUUCAAUCUUCUCGAAACGAAGGUCAAACAGUUCUGCAAUUAAAGACAAAAGUUGGAAUAGAGGAUGAUGGUACGAAUACGAAUGAAAGGAAAGCCAAUGAACAAUGGGCAUUGAGAGCAUGGGAAAUAUUGAAAUUAGCAUAUUCAUCAGGAUCUCAUAUCUCACGUACUUAUUCAGGUCCUGGACCAAGUGUAGAAAAAGGAAAAGGAGAAGUGGUAGUAGAGGUGUUCAGGUGUGGAUCGUUCGAAUGGAUUCCGGGAGGUUUGAAAAAUGAUAAUACUUCAAUGUCGAUGACUCGGAAUGUCAUUGAAGGAUGUGGGACGGUGAAGGAGGUUAAUGUUGGACAAGUGAAAGAUGUUUUUGAAGGACAAGUUAAUGAUAAUCAUGGUGGACAUGUGAAUAAUAUAAAUGGUGGACAUGUGAAUAAUAUACAUGGUGGACAUGUGGAUAACGUUCAAGAAGGACAUGUAAAUGAAGUUGAUGAAGGACAAUCGAAGAAAGUUCAUGAUGAACGAAAAAAGAAAGAAAAUACAAAUAUGAAAACCAAAGAAGAUCUAAAUAAUUUAUUAUGUUCCGAUGGAUCAAUCCAUAGAAUACCUUUUGGUGGUAAAGCUAAAAUAGAAGUGAUAUCUUCUUAUGAUUUCUGGGUUUGGGGUUAG